UCAAAACUAGUGUCAUGUCAAGAUGUUUCUGACAUAAGAUGACAGACUUAUUCUAUUUUGUGAUUUUUAUUCCCUUAAUUUGUGGUCAGGUAUGGGAUGCUGACGUUUACUGGAAUGGAAGAUAUGCAGCAAAUGGGAUAAAUUACAAUGCAGAUGAUACAGCCAAUGGGAUGUGGUCACACAACCAAGAUGAAUACAUGAAAGAUUAUCCGUUCUCACAAAGCUGUACUGGUUGUGAUUGCACAGUUCUUCUUCAAGAUGAAUUAUUAAAAUCAUGCGACGGAAUAGUGGAGAUUGUAUCCUAUUCGUUUCCAAAUAUUUCAAGGUCAACAUUUGCUGCAUCAACAACAUCGAUAACAAUUCAGGAUUGUACAUACUUUGAUAUAGCAGACGAUACAUUCACUAGCCUUACCAGUCUUAACUCGCUAACUAUACAGAAUUGCGGUAUCACCACAAUGCCAUAUGUUGAACUUUCACCUUUAACCAUUCUAUUGAUAUUAAAACAACAAAUUUAG